AUCUUAUUACAUAUAGGUGAGAGUAAUAGUGAGCUUUCAUCAUUUGCUUCUUCUGUAUGGAUGUCGGUUCCAUAGUCCUGCACGUAUCUUCCUUUUUUGGCUGGAUAAAUGUGGAAAGGAGAGAGCCCAUUUUAAAUUUAGUACAUGUGUUCUUCUCUAACUGUGCUGAAAUUCUGUCUUAGUAUUCGCAGGAUUUGAGAAAUUAGGAUGAAGGCAGUUAUUCUUGUAGGAGGUUUUGGUACUCGGCUGAGACCAUUAACUCUUAGUGUCCCAAAGCCGCUUGUUGAAUUUGCUAAUAAGCCCAUGAUUUUGCAUCAGAUCGAGGCUCUCAAGGCUGUUGGAGUGACUGAAGUGGUCUUGGCUAUUAACUACCAGCCUGAGGUGAUGCUGAACUUCUUGAAAGAAUUUGAGACAAAACUCGGGAUUAAGAUUACAUGUUCUCAAGAAACUGAACCACUUGGGACUGCAGGUCCCCUUGCUUUGGCUAGAGACAAGCUGAUUGAUGAUUCUGGUGAGCCAUUUUUUGUACUUAACAGUGAUGUUAUCAGUGAAUAUCCUUUCAAAGAGAUGAUUGAAUUCCACAAAUCCCAUGGAGGUGAGGCUUCUUUAAUGGUGACUAAGGUGGAUGAGCCUUCCAAAUAUGGUGUUGUUGUCAUGGAAGAGUCGAAUGGCCAGGUUGAGAGAUUUGUGGAAAAGCCUAAGUUAUUUGUAGGCAACAAGAUCAAUGCUGGCAUUUACCUGCUCGACCCUUGCGUUCUAGACAGAAUUCAAUUAAAACCAACGUCCAUUGAGAAAGAGAUUUUCCCAAAAAUUGCUGCCGAGAAAAAGCUCUAUGCUAUGGUCCUCCCGGGGUUUUGGAUGGAUAUUGGACAGCCAAGGGAUUACAUCACUGGUCUUAGACUUUACCUAGAUUCUUUGAAGAAGAGAUCUUCACCGAAACUAGCAUCAGGUUCUCAUAUUGUUGGAAACGUCAUAGUGGAUGAGACUGCGAAAAUUGGAGAAGGAUGCUUGAUUGGACCAGAUGUUGCGAUAGGCCCUGGUUGCGUGAUUGAGUCUGGGGUUAGACUCUCUCGUUGCACUGUGAUGCGUGGAGUCCGUGUUAAAAAACACGCGUGCGUCUCAAGUACCAUUAUUGGUUGGCACUCAACUGUUGGACAAUGGGCUCGUGUUGAGAAUAUGACCAUUCUUGGAGAAGAUGUCCAUGUUUGUGAUGAAAUUUACAGCAAUGGUGGAGUAGUCUUACCUCAUAAGCAGAUCAAAUCUAGCAUCCUGAAACCAGAAAUAGUGAUGUGAGGGUAAUUUCUAGUGCUAGGAAGCAAUAAGUUAGUUUGUUCAAAAUGUGUUUUUUCUUUUCCUUUAUUUGGUUGGUUUUCAAGUUCAUCUUCUUCAAUUGUAAAAGUGGGAAAGUCUUUCAAUUUCAAAGGUUUGCCUGUUUGUAAUUUUCGGUGUAUAUACAAAUAAAGAAUUCUAUUA